AUGGGAAGAAAAAAGUCUGCGCAGGCACAGCCUUGCAGGGAAGAUGCGGUCACGACAGAACUGAGCCGAGACCUGAAAGACCGGGAAACUAGACGAAAAGAAAACCCUGCCGCGCAAUUGUGGUGCGAGGAGAACAAUAAUCAGGGGCCGCGGUCCCGCGCUGGGUCAGGGGUGGUCCGUGGGUGCCGGGCGGUGGGCAGACAAGGGAAUGCGGGGUGGGGGGAGGGGGGAGGGGGGAGGGAGCAGGAACAGGUGAAGAGGACAGAAAGAGGUGAACGGACGAGCGCGAAGGACAAGAUGGGAUCGGACCGAGCAGACGGUAGGAGGAAGAGAGUUCGAGGGUGGUUGUUUGUUGAUUGCAAGGCGGAGAGGGCGCGAGGGAGGGCAAAAGGGGGUGUGACGGAGACUCCCUUAGCGCUCCCGAUCGACUUUGCUGGGCUCGGGCGUGAACUGGAUGCUCGGGGCUCGAUAUACUUCUGGACUUUCCGGGCUUUCCAGACUUUCCAGACUGCCAGCACUGCCAGCACUGCCAGCAAGGCAGAGCAACCCAAAAGACAGAAACGGGACCAGAGAACAAACCUACCAACGCGUCAACCCCUCCCCAUCGAUCCACUGCCUUGA